AUGAAGGUCUCAUUCCUACAUCUUCUCUGUCUUAAUGCCGCCUUGGCCAGUGCAAGUGUCGUCAAAGGUGCCGCACAGGGUUUCGCAGCCGGCGUGACUGGCGGUGGCGAUACAACCCCCAGCUACCCCAAAACCAACGAGGAGCUUGUCUCCCUACUUGAGAGCGACGAGCCCCAAGUCGUCGUUCUCACCAAAACCUUCGACUUCAUCGGAACCGAGGGAACCACGACCGAAGCUGGAUGCGCGCCUUGGGGUACCGGGAAGGCCUGCCAGCUGGCCAUCAACUCCAAUGGAUGGUGUGGUAAAAAUCCCGCCGUAACCGUCACGUACGAUAAAGCUGCCAAGAAUGGCAUUCAUAUUAAGUCCAACAAGACUCUUGUUGGUGAGGGAGAUAAAGGCGUGCUCAGUGGAAAGGGGCUCUACUUUGAGGGUGGUGUCUCCAAUAUCAUUGUGCAGAACAUUAAGAUUACGGAUCUCAACCCUGGUUUUGUCUGGGGUGGCGACGCGUUUACUUUCUUCGGCGCUGACCUGAUCUGGAUCGACCACUGCGAGACUUCCCUCAUCGGACGCCAACACUACGUUACAGGCUUCCACCCCAACACCCGCAUGACUUGGUCGAACAACUUCCUGAACGGCAAGACCACCCAUUCCGCAGGCUGUGAUGACCACCACUACUGGACAUUGGAGCUAGUUGGCAAAGGAGACGAGAUUACCUUCCAGAACAACUACGUUUACCACACCACCGGCCGUGGCCCCGCCCUCUCCGGCACGACCCUCUUCCACGCAGUGAACAGCGUCUGGUCUUCCAUCCCUGGACACGCCAUCGAGGGCGGUGAAAAGGGCCGUGGUAUCUUCGAGGGAUGCUUCUUCGAAGAUGUCGUCGAAGUCGCACCCGCCAAGUCCGAGAACCAGCUCUUCAGCGCCAGCGAAGCCAACGUCGCAUCCUGCAGGUCCGCCUUGGGCCGCGCUUGCCAGCCGAAUGGCUACAGCAAGUCUGGUGCUUUUAGCAGCUCCGAAACUGGUUUUUUCAGUGACUUUUCCGGACUGACUAUUGCACCGGCUGGUUCUGCGACGGAUGCUCGGGGUUAUGUUCCUAAGAAUUGUGGAAUUGGGCACAUUUAA